UGUCAUGCACGUACUCCUACACACAAAAACAAACCUACAGAUCCUCAGAGCCCCUCUAAACCGCUACUUUGCAGGAGUUUUAUGACAGCUUCUUGGUAGGAUUUAAUGUGAGAGUUUCCUUCACUCUUUAGGACCUAUUCUGUGUGAGCCAGGCUGUAAUUGUAUUAGUCUAUUUUAUUGUAAAUAGGACCUUAAGCGCCCACAACUAGGAUAUGCAACAUGGAGUUGGUUGGAUUUACAUUUUUUGUUCUUGCAACAUUAAACUUCUUAACUGUCAGCAGCAGGCCAGCAGGUGUCCACUUGCGUAACAUGGAGAGCUUCAUCCACGCUGUGCAGCAGGUUGAAGACUCCUACCCUGGUCUGUCAGCCCUGGCUCUGGUUAGAGCUUUGCGGAGGACUGCUGGCCAUGAUGAUCCAAUGACCAUCCAUUUCUUGGGAGCGUCAUAUAAUCUAAGUGACACAGAGGGUUUGGAGGGAUCCAUUCUAAAUGCAACAUCCUUCAGCUUUUUUGACAAGGCUAUCCACCACAUUGUGACAGACCACGGAGAAGAGAGGGGGGUGGUCCUUGCUCCAGACGGCACCACGGUAGCUCUAGCACCCUUGCUUUUAGGGAUCGAAUCAGGACUGAAAGCAAAGAUGGAGGGAACGGAAGCUCUUGGGAUCUUCCCUCUAACCCUGGGUAGGCCACUGGGCCUAUCAUUCCUCAGUCUGCAGGACAUCCCCCCGUCUCUGCGUCUGGGUCCCAAUGGGUGCUGGGACAACGUGGAGCAGCCGAGGGUGUUUAAGCUGUCUCGGCCUGCUACUCUGGCCACAGAUGCUGUUAUCAAUGGUGGCAUGGAUGGAGUUAUACUGGGCUUGCACCUCAGCAGAUUACCAGCAUCUGAGCAGCCACAGGCCCUCAGUGAGAUCCUGAGAGGAUAUUAUAAUUUCACUCUGACUGAGAACCAGGGCAUAGAUAAUGUGACCACCCAAAUAAGCCCCAGGAGAAGGGAGCUUUCCAGGUCGCUCCUGGAGCCACUCGAUCUUCACUCUGCAGUGAUGACAACACUAGCGUUGGUCUGGAAGCUGGAGAAGACAGAAUGGAUCGCUCAGGACACUGGAUUGGGAAAGGCGGUGCAGGAUGGACUGCAGACAUUCACGCACAAAUACCUGGAUUGCCCUCCGAUCAUCCCUCGCUGCCAGUGGGGAGCGAAGGCGAACCGGGAUACACCCAUACCGCUGUCUCUCCCCCUCCAGUUCCUCUAUGUCCACCAUACCUAUGAGCCGUCGUCGCCCUGUUUAUCUUUCUCAAGCUGCUCCCGGAACAUGAGGUCCAUGCAGCGUUUUCACCAAGACGACCGUGGAUGGAACGACAUUGGAUACAGCUUUGUGGUUGGAUCAGAUGGUUACAUCUACGAAGGAACGGGUUGGAACCACGUUGGCAGACACACCAGGGGACAUAACUCCAUCGGCUACGGUGUGUCCAUCAUCGGAAACUACACGGCCACACUGCCGUCUCGUCAUGCCAUGGACCUGCUGCGACAUAAACUGGCGCUCUGCGCUGUGAAUGGGGGAGUUCUGACAGCCAACUUCACCAUCCAGGGCCACAGACAGGUGGUGAACUACACCUCCUGCCCUGGAGAUGCCUUGUUCUCAGAAAUAAGGAGCUGGGAACAUUUUAGGGAAUGACAGCUGAAGCUGCUUUGAGAUGCCUAAAGAUCAUUUUGGUUCCCAAUGUGUUUUAAUCAAUGUGAAUUGGUUCAUUUAUCUGACAUAGGGGCUGAAUUAAGCCCCGUGAGUUUAUAAUAGAAAUACUUUGGUGAAGAGAUGGACUAAGAAGUUAUCAUCUUAGAAAUAGUUUGAACGAUACUGCAUCAACAUUGUCAAAUAAUAAGUAACUUGGGGAUCAUAGAAAAACGAGUCUUUGUCGUUUUUAUGAGUUACGGGUUUAUGUUAAAUUACAACUAUCAUUAAAAACAAUUCUUUUGUUUUAAAAGUAUUGCAAAUAUUACAGAUUGAUUUUCCUGUACAAAACAAGUUAAAAAAAAUAGCAAUGUAACAAACUACAUAAAACAAAGCAAUGGAGCAGAGACAGGAAAAUAUUACCCAUGUCAUUUUAAAGCAAUGUAACUUUCCAGAUGCAGGAGAAUAAAGGAGACAUCCACCACAGUU